GGCGCCUAAGGAGGAGAGCGACGGCAAGGCCGGAGCCGGUGGAGCUCCGGGGUCCUCUGCAGCCAUGAACAUCCGGAACGCGCGGCCCGAGGACUUGAUGAACAUGCAGCACUGCAACCUGCUCUGCCUGCCCGAAAACUACCAGAUGAAGUAUUAUUUCUACCACGGCCUCUCUUGGCCGCAGCUUUCCUACAUUGCUGAGGAUGAAAAUGGAAAGAUUGUAGGCUACGUCCUGGCAAAGAUGGAGGAGGAUCCUGAUGACGUCCCGCAUGGACACAUCACAUCCCUGGCAGUGAAGCGCUCUCAUCGACGCCUGGGGUUGGCUCAGAAGCUGAUGGACCAGGCAUCGCGGGCCAUGAUUGAGAACUUCAACGCCAAAUACGUUUCCCUCCACGUCCGCAAGAGCAACCGGGCAGCUCUGCAUCUCUACUCCAACACCCUCAACUUCCAGAUCAGUGAAGUGGAACCCAAAUAUUACGCUGAUGGCGAGGAUGCCUACGCCAUGAAACGGGACCUCACCCAGAUGGCAGAUGAGCUGCGCAAACAAGUGGAGCAGAAGGAGCGGGGUCGCCCCACCACCCUCAGCCCCGGGGAGCCCCCCCGGGGGGGUGAAAGCUGUGGAACU